AGAAGCUGCUGCAUUUAGAUCAGCUUGGAUUUAAUUUGUUUUUGAUCAUUUAUGGUACACGCGCUGUUUGGAAAAGUAACUGAAAGUUUCUCUAGCUCAUGUACUUCUAAGGGAGACGAAUAACUGAUCUUUCCUUCCUUUGGAGGGAUCUCUUGAGCCUGUGUGGAAAACAAAGAGUUACAGCAGUGCUGACUCUUUUCCUUCCCACCUACCUUGAACGCAGACUGGCUCUCUCUUUAAGCAGUAUGCCGAAGGUGAAAUGAGAGAGGCAAUAGGAAAAAGUGCACCUUAUUCAAGUUCCUUUCAGGAUUUUGGUGAUUAGAAUUGCCAGAAGCAAGUCCUCGAAGCAUAAAGAUGCAGUCUUUCCCCUCCAAACGGAUCCCUGUGGUAUACAGCAUACCAGCUCCCAAUGAUUCUGAACAUGGAUCUGGGCAGAGUCCGAAUCUUCACCAUCUCCAGUCUCCUCAAGAAGAAAUCUCAUAUGUGCAGCAUUCUUUCUUCAAACAGAUGAAUUUGCAUUUCUGGAGAAGGUGGCUUCUAGGAAUGUUACCUCUGAUUUCCUUAGCAGUCACUGUACUCGUGUUGGUCCUGUACUAUUCAUUAUCUCCAGCAUUCUCCUUUAUCUAUAUUGGUGGAAGUGUAGAAAUACCUAACUUGACCUAUAGAAGUGACCUCACUGAUCCAAAGUCACAGAAAUUUAUAAUGCAAGCAGAAGCAAUCCAGAACUAUUUUGCAGAACUAUAUGAGUCUUCUACAUUAGGGAAAUAUUACUUGAAAUCUGUUGUUGCUGCAUUUAGCGAAGGAGAAGAUGGUCUCCGAGCUUACUACUGGAAUAAAUUCUGGGCACCGCAAGAGAUAGUGCACUCUUUCAAAAAACUAACCUCACUGAAACAUAAGGAAAUAAUCAGUAAACAUACACUUCAGACUACUAAUUCUUCUGCUGAAUCCUUUCCUGUGGAAGAGGAUUUUAAUCUCUUAACAAUGGAGCUUUUUGUUUCAGAUUCUUCAGACUAUGAUGUGACACUGAAGUCAGUAUCCUUCGACCUGUAUGCAAAGCCAGGUAACAACAGGACUUUAACUUUGAUGAAUCCCAAGAAAUCUUUUUAUCAGUGGAGGCUGCGUGUUCCUUCUAACUAUAUUGUGAGACUUGUAGUCCUUACUCUGCAUGGUGUCACUCCAGGGAGUUGUGCAUCACACAGAUUAUCUGCAUAUGAUUUUCUUCUUCCUCUUCAGAACAAGAUCAUUACAAGAUGGUGUGGAGUACCAGGGGCCUGGAGCCCUCCUGUCAUACGGUUAACUUCAUCGAGUAAUGUUAUGCUGGUCACCUUCUCACUGGAUAGAAGAAAAGAGAGUAACAUGCUAAAAGCAUACUUCCAAGCUGUUCCUAAAGUUGUCUGUGGUGGGCGUUACAUCUCUUGGAAUGGGACAGUGAGUUCCCCUUAUUAUCCAAGCUACUAUCCACCAAACAUUGACUGCAGCUGGCUACUCAGAGCACCUCUGCCUGGAUAUAAGUUAUCACUAAAAAUCCUUGUCAUACAAAUUCAAGAGAAGUCUCCAGGGUCCAAUAAAUGUGAUAAGGACUGGUUAGAAAUUGAUGGAGUUAGAUAUUGUAAAGCUAUUGCUGAAAGCAACAGAAACAAGGAAUAUGGCUAUUCAGUUGCGAUUAAUUUCCAUUCAGAUGAACUGGUCACGCACAGAGGGUUUUAUAUUGAAUAUAAAGCUUUCAGUCACACAGAUCCAUGUCCUAAACAAUUUAAAUGUACAGACAGAACAUGCAUUCCUUUAAACAACCAAUGUGAUGGAUGGAAAGACUGCUCAGAUGGCAGUGAUGAAUUAGACUGUGGCUGUAGUCCAGAGGAGUCUAACUGUGGCGAUGGGAAGUGUAAACACCGUUCAAAGACAUGCAAAGGGGACGACAGUUGCGGAGAGGAUAGUGAUGAAAAUGAUUGCCCCUAUAAAAGUUGUUCCUCAUAUGCAUAUAAAUGCCUGAAUGGAAAAUGCCCCACAAAACCAAACCCAGAAUGUGAUGGAAUAAGAGACUGUGGAGAUGGAUCUGAUGAAAUGAACUGUGCUUGUGGAAGAAUGCAGUUAAAAACUAGAAUUGUUGGAGGUGAAGAUGCAAGAUCUGGAAAGUGGCCUUGGCAAGCAAGCUUGCAGAUGGGAAUGUAUGGCCAUAUUUGUGGUGCAUCUGUUGUUUCAAAUAGGUGGUUGUUAUCUGCUGCCCAUUGUUUUCUGGACUCUGAUUCUAUAAGAUACUCUGUGCCUUCUGGCUGGAAAGCAUAUAUGGGCAUAAGGAUCAUUAACAAAAACAGCAAUCAUGUAGCUAUGAGAUCAAUCAAAAGGAUUAUUGUCCAUCCACGGUAUGACCAAUAUAUCUCAGACUAUGACAUUGCCCUGUUGGAAAUGGAGACACCAGUAUUCUUCAGUGAGCUGGUACAGCCCAUUUGUUUACCCAGCAGUCCUAGAGUAUUUUUUUAUGGAACUGUCUGCUAUGUAACUGGCUGGGGAGCCCUAAAAGAAAAUAGUUACCUUGCCAAAACACUGCAAGAAGCUAAAGUGAAAAUAAUUAAUCAAAGUAUUUGCAACAAGCUAUAUGAUGAUCUGAUUACAUCUCGAAUGCUGUGUGCUGGAAAUCUUAAUGGUGGCAUUGAUGCAUGCCAGGGUGAUUCUGGAGGUCCAUUGGCCUGCGUCGGAAAGGGAAAUAGAUGGUAUCUUGCCGGCAUUGUCAGCUGGGGUGAAGGAUGUGCUCGGCGUAACCGCCCUGGUGUAUAUACAAAGGAACAGUCUGAACUGAAAGUAACUUUUUCCAUCUUCAAUGUCUUCAUCACCAGAAAUGGACAAACAGGGUUGAAUGAAGUAAGAAUGGAUUAGAACCUUGGGCCAAAUUCCAGCCAAACCUUAUUGGAUGUUUGGAUAAUUCCUUUCCUCUCCUCUCCCCUCCUCUCCAGCCCCAGCACAUAUAAAUACAUACAUACACUCUCCAUAUGCAAUGUAUUGUGGUUUCAGACAGGAUCAAGGGCCCACUUCUCACAUCUGGUCAAAAUACACAAGCUGCCAGUCAGGGCGGUGUGCAAAGGUGGGUUAAAGCUCUCCUUCGCUCAUGGUGCUGCUAUGCUGCUCCUCCUGGGCUGUGUUUAGAGGAGCCUUCAGGCUGCUCUACCUUAAUAUGUUUUUUAAGCUGGAAGAGGCCAAAACCAUAGCUCUGGUUUGUUGUGAUAUAGGGGCACCCCAAACUCUCUCCCACUUUGGUAGCCAUGAUCCCUUUCCUUGUUAAGUUAGCAGCAGGGAGGGUGUUUGGCGUUCAAGACAAAAGAUAACACUAAGCUGUGUGCCAAUGUUCGAUUCUCAUGAUCCUCCCUGGGCUGGUUAAGACAAGCAUACAGGGGGGCUGGAACAAUUUUUAUAGUGGGGGUGCUGAGAGUUCUUGAACCAAACUGUAGACCAUGUAUAUAAUGGAAACCACUUCAAUCCGGGGGUUGUGGCAGCACCCCACUAUCCCUAGUGCCAGCACCUAUGCAAACAUGUGAUCAAAUUCCAUCAGUAGUGUAGCACAAAUCAGUCCCAUUAAACCUGAAGAUCUGGCCCUAAACUUGCAAGGACUGAAAUACCAUUAUUGGUGUCUUCGGAGUGAUGGUAUUUUAGAACAGGAGAAAAUGCUGAGUUUAUUAAGAGGAGCUCAAUUCAGUUAAUCUAAAGGAAACUGCACUUAUUAGAUGGAGAGAGAAUUCUUUUUCAGUCUGGUACAAACAAAACUUCACAUGCCCAAGCUCCCUGGCUGCUAUCAAAUGUUAAACUAUAUAAUCACAACACAUUGCUGAUUAUACUUUGUGGGAACAAACCUGUUGCUAGCUACUUAUAGUAAUAGACUUAUUCAAAUUAACUCUUUCGUGGGUGUCAGACUGCAAUAAGAGUGUCAUCUUGAAUUAUCUCCUACACAAAGAAAGACAGGAACUUGAUCAUAUGAUAUUCCAAACCAAAAAGAUUGGAGUACAUUUUAAUAGGAAUCUAUACUUUUUGGAUGAUUAUCUUGUAGUCAAAACAGCUUGAGGUUCACCUGGAUCUAUAGUAGUUAUUAGGCUGUAAUUAUUCUAUCUGCUUAGGGCUGUAGUACACCCAACCUCUAAGGUACUAGUAGUGUGUCAGAGAUACUGCAACUGGGAGGUUUCAGAGUAGCAGCCGUGUUAGUCUGUAUCUGCAAAAAGAACACACACUUCUUAUUAAACUGUCUGUACUGGGCUAUCUUGAUUAUCACUUCAAAAGUUUUUUUUUCUCUUACUCAA